AUGGUAAAUAAAUGCACUUGCUGGGGAAGUCUUGCCUGCUUUCCCGUGUUAUCCCUACAAAAAGUCUUAAAGCUUCUCCAUAUGCGGGCAAAGGUGCGACUUUUAUUAAUCUCCCAGGGCUCCGACACAUGGCCUCUCAUCUGCAGCCGUGCCGAGUCAACGCUUGCUAACAUUGUAUUAUGGGUUGUCGUUGCAAAUCUAUCUUGUUUCAUUCUCGCAGUUUGCUUGUAUUUUUGUAAGCGGCCUAUAAAAAACGGCUUAGGUUUGAGUAAAGAAAGGGCUCACGCCGUGGGCUCUAGAGAACCUGUGCUGAGGACCAGCUAUCGAGAGAUAGGCCUCUGCGGCACAUUCUAUCCUGAAUAUAUACCCCAAGCCCGCAUCCCUAAUCCUACCAAGCUCUUUCCUGCUAAGGCCUUCGCUCUCAACGCAGCAGCCAGCACAUGGGACAAUGAGAAGCAAGUGGGUCCUCUUCAAGAGGAAUCACCAGGAAGGAAACAGGCUUCCUAUGCUCCUUGCAGUGGAGUGGACCGCUUAGUAUACACAGUUCCAACGCAAGCACUGCCUAAAUUAUUUAGUGUAUUAGCAUGCGACUCAUUGCCUAUGGUUUUGUAUUGCAGACUAGGGAUUCUGGAGAGGCUGAUUGGCGAUGGGGAAGACGAGGGGCGCACAGUCGUAACCGCAGGCUGCACACAGGCCCGAGAGGCAUUUCCGCACGCUACUGGCACUGCAGCUGUUGCAGCUGCCAACGUGGACUGGCCCUUGACCCACUGGAUUGCUUUGGAACUUGCUGAACGCAAAGCGCUUUCCCAGUCGGGUACGAUGCGAAAACGUUUCUCUCCGCUUAUCCUGGGCAUUUCGGGGCCUCAGGGAUGCGGCAAGACGACUCUAUGCGCGGCUCUUAUUGCGGGGCUGAAGGUAUUGAACAUCAAAGCUGAGGCCGCCUCAAUGGACGACUUCUACUUGCCAACCAUGCUGCUUCCUCCUAUUACCUUUAACGAUUUCUCGAGUCCUCGCCCAAGGAUCCUCCCCCGUAGGGGACCCCCAGGCACUCACGAUUUGCCCCUUUGUCUCAGUGUCUUGCAGCGCAUUAAGCGUGGAGAAACAGCGGUAAACCUGCCGAGAUAUGAUAAGAGCAAAAGGGGAGGAGCAGGGGAUCGAGAUACUAAAGGAAUCAUCCUUGAUGCCAGCGGUAUCGAAGUCUUCAUUUUGGAAGGAUGGAUGCUUGGUUAG